AUGCCUCUUCCCGGCCUGGGCGAUGACUGUCUUGAAGUCGACCAAGACUUCUUCAUCAGCCUCUACGGCACCGACGAAGUCUUUACGGCAGAAGGUAUAGACCUACGACUGAGGACUUACACAAACAAACGUUCUCAAAUGUGGAAGUGCGUCCGGGAUGGCAACAACCGAUUCGCAUUCAAGAAUCAAGCCACUGGUGGGUUUCUCGGGGGAGUCAAGUAUGAGAACAUGGGCGCCUCCGCGCGUAAUCAGGGCGCCCUGGAGUGUCUCAUCUUCACCAAGUUGACCACCGGCGGCUACGAACUGACGGUCCCCGUUGGGGGAAGACUCUCCCACGUCAGGCGCUUCGUGGACUCGGGCGGGCCAUACAUGGCUAAAACUACGAAAUUUGCGCAGCCCAUUGGCCUUCACAAGUGCGAGACUGGCCCGUUCCAGAAUUUCCGCUGGGUGAUUCCUGGUCGUCUUGCGCGGUCUUCAGCUCCUCACUACAGGGGCAGCGACCUUGAUCAGAACAUGGACGCAGAAGCCCUUGAAUAUUUGACGAGCCAGGGCAUCACCAGCGUCAUCAGUCUGAACGCCUGUCCCUUGCCCGCGGCGGCAACGACGCGACUGCAGGGGUAUCGCAUGACAUACCACCACGUCCCUGUGACGGAAUUCUGCGCCCCGACCCUGGACCAGUUGCGCGAGCUUUGGGACAUGUACAACCGCCAGACGGUCACCUUGAUAUAUUCCGGCUUUGGACAUGGGCGUACGGGGACUGCCGUCAGUGCGCUGCAGUUGUAUAAUCAACUCGCCUUGAGCGACACGGACUUUAGGAUCAAUUAUGUGGCGACUCAGGAUCAGUUGAGGGUCUUGAAUGACCUGAGGACUCAUCUUCAGCAAUCGGUGGCCGCAGCAGCAGUAGAGGCAGCAGCAGAGGCAGCAGCAGAGGCAGCAGCAGAGGCAGCAGCAGAGGCAGCAGCAGAGGCAGCAGCAGAGGCAGCAGCAGAGGCAGCAAGAGAGGCAGCAGCAGCAGGGCCUCCUUACAGUCGUCUAUAG